UUCCCCUGCGCGGGCCCGAGUGGUGUGUGGCUCUUCCGUCUUCGUCGUCCGCGCUGCAGCCCCAAUUCCCGGUGCGGGACGCUCGUGCCCAGAGCUCGGAAUGUUCCCGGAACUCAAUAACCUUCUCAACAUCACCCCUGACAGGGCGGAGCAGGGGAAACUGACUCUACUCUGUGACGCCAAGACAGACGGCAGCUUCCUUGUGCACCACUUUCUCUCCUUCUACCUCAAAGCUAAUUGUAAAGUCUGCUUUGUGGCACUCAUCCAGUCCUUCAGUCACUACAAUAUCGUGGGACAGAAGUUGGGUGUCAGCCUGACUGCAGCCCGGGAAUGCGGGCAACUUGUGUUCCUCGAGGGUCUUAAGUCUUCGGUGGAUGUCUUCUUCCGGGCUCAGGCGGAGCCACACCCCCUGCAGUUCCUCAGGGAGGCCGAUGCUGGGAACCUGCAGCCCCUGUAUGAGUUUGUCCGAGAGACUCUGAAGCCCAUGGAUGAUGGACAGGCCGCAUGGAGGUGCCCAGUGCUGCUAGUGGAUGACCUCAGUGUGCUGCUGAGCCUGGGCCUGGGGGCAGUGGCUGUGUUGGACUUCAUCCACUACUGCAGAGUUGCCGUGUGCUGGGAACGAAAGGGAAACAUCGUGGCCCUGGCACACGACAGUGGAGACGGCGAGGACAAGGAGAAUGACAUCCUCUUGAAUGGCCUUAGUCACCAGAGCCACCUGAUCCUGCGGGCCGAGGGCCUGGCUACGGGCUUCUGCAGGGACGUGCAUGGACAGCUGAGGAUCCUCUGGCGGACACCAUCACAGCCCACAGCCCAGCGGGAUGGGAGCCUCACUUACCAGUACAAGAUACAGGACAAAAGUGUGUCCUUUUUUGCCAAAGGAAUGUCUCCUGCUGUUCUGUGACCUGAUUGAGGAGCACACAGAGCGACCUUGGACCGUUUUCAGAUGUGAAAGAUAAAGCGACGGGUCGGAAUGGAUCUGUGCACCUUUGAAGUGGCAUUUCAGCCUGGACCGACGGCCCCACUGCGGGGCGGGGCGGGGCCAUGGAAGGGGGCUGUGACAGCACGGCCUAGUUCCCUGGGCUGUUCAGAAAACAAGAGGGAAUAGCAACCUGGCCUUUGCGGAGAGAGACGCCACAUGUUGAAACCGGGUGAAAGUGGUGCCAGGAGCCUUUCAUUAAAUACGCUUUAGCCUCAACCGCC